AUGAGCACAUACAACGGGGCUGUGCACCCAGUGGAAUAUUACACAGCUGCGAAAAGGAGGAAGCUGUGCAGAGGAGAGGUUGCAGAGCUGCUGGGCCCGGGGAAGUCGCGCAGCUCCCGGGCGCAGGCCAGGCGCCGGGCGGCCCCGGGUUCGAGAAGCGAGGGCGCCGAGGCCCAGGAGCCCCCGCGGCAGCCGCACCCAGAGGCCCCCGCUCCCGGCGGCGUGAGGCGGGUGGGGUCCCGGGGCGCGGGCGGCAGCGGGGACCCCGAGCGGGCGGGGGAGGCUCACCUGGGCGCGGCGGGAACACGGCGACUGCGGCGGCGGCGGCGGGGACACGCGGCAUUCGGGGACCCCCAUCCCGACCUGAGUACCCGCCCCUGCAGCAUUCGGGGACCCCCAUCCCGACCUGAGUACCCACCCUGCAGCAUCCGGGGACCCCCUUCCACCCAUCAGUACCCACCCUGCAGCAUCCGGGGACCCCUCCCACCCAUCAGUACCCACCCCUGCAGCAACCGGGGACCCCCAUCCCGACCUGAGUACCCACCCUGCAGCAUCCGGGGACCCCUCCCACCCCUGAGUACCCGCCCCUGCAGCAUCCGGGGACCCCCAUCCCGACCUGAGUACCCGCCCUGCAGCAUCCGGGGACCCCCUCCCACCCAUCAGUACCCACCCUGCAGCAUCCGGGGACCCCUCCCACCCAUCAGUACCCACCCCUGCAGCACCCGGGGACCCCCAUCCCGACCUGAGUACCCACCCUGCAGCAUCCGGGGACCCCUCCCACCCCUGAGUACCCGCCCCUGCAGCAUCGGGGACCCCCAUCCCGACCUGAGUACCCGCCCUGCAGCAUCCGGGGACCCCCUCCCACCCAUCAGUACCCACCCUGCAGCAUCCGGGGACCCCUCCCACCCAUCAGUACCCACCCCUGCAGCACCCGGGGACCCCCAUCCCGACCUGAGUACCCACCCUGCAGCAUCCGGGGACCCCUCCCACCCCUGA